AUGGGGACUAACUUUCAGUCUAUUGACGUUCACUUAGCAGAUUCUUCUAACAAUAUUGAAGGAAGAAACAACUUCAACAACAAUUCGUUAUCCCACUAUGAUUCUACACUCAAACUGCAACAGGGGAGACAAGAUAAUGAAGAACAUGAAUCUGUCUCUAGUCGAAAUGCAGAACAACACAAUGUGUGGGAGGUUCAAGCAAUUCGAACACCAACAAUGGGAGAAGGAAGCAAGACACAACCUGGGGGAAAUUUGAUUGAGAAAACAGAAUACUACCACCAACAACAUGAAGUUGCAUACAGUAACUCAUCCUAUCUAACUCCUCACAUUAUUGUUGAUGCUUCACAGGUCAGGCCAAAUGAAAAUGACAAGGGAGAAGAGAAAGGACAAACACAGCCUCAAAGGCAAGAACAAGCAAGUCACUUUGCAGGCAUGGAAAUGCACCAAAGAACAAAUGAUCAAAGGAAUGCUGCAAAUGGUAAGGAAAGCCAACAAAUUCACAAACCAAGAUCAACUCAGGCCCAAAGACAGGAAAACAAUCAACAAGGAGAAACAAAUUCAGCAAAUCAAAGCAACAGGACAACCAUGAAUUUCCAAAGCAAUUUCCCAAAGAUCUUCAACAACUUCACUAGGUAUGACCCUAACUCUCAAAUAGAUAGAAAUAAACAGAUGAACAAUGCUGCGCAAGGAAAUGCUAGACCUCCUAACAUCCAACAACAAGGGCAAAACAUUAGUAACAAUGUUAAAGAAGGUAAAAUUUCAGAACCUUCUCUAUACACUGUUGUUCAAUCCUUUGCAGCCCGCCUGAGGUAUAAUCAGUCUAAGAAUGAGAUCCCAAUUGUGUUGAAUGACCCCAUACAUACUACUAGACAAGGCUAUCCUGCUGUGCUCUUAGAUGAAAAUGACAAUUAUGUGAAAUUGGCUGAAUGUUGCUUAUCAUGGCAUUGUUAUAAUAAAGUUCUAUUGACUACUAUCUUGGAAUCUAUCGGGAAGGUCUUAUAUCUAGAUUCUCCGACUUCUCAAAAGACUAGAGGUAGCACUACUAGGGUGAAAUUUCAAGUUGAUCUCACUAAGAAAAGGCCUGAACAUGUAUGGUUGGGAUUCAAAAAUUCAGACCCCAACAAGGGGAGAUGGUUGAAGGUUCAAUACGAAGAUAAAUCAAGAGGAGAUCAGCAUGAAGGUGGAGAUGUAAUAGAGGAAAAUGUUAAGCAAAAUAAAAAAGGAAACCACCAAGAAGGAAAAAAACAAGAGACCAGAAAUCAGGGUGAAAGAAAUUAUGUUCAAGAAGUUUCAGAAAAAGAGGAGCAGUGGCAGAUACAAAGAAGAAAACAAUCAAAAAACUUGGAGCAAGUUCAACCCAAAACAACAUGGAGAGCACACUCACCACAACACAAGAAAGUCAUUGAUGACAGCCAGCAGGCAGCAGGCAUACCUCCUUCCAUUACAACUCAUAAUGUUUAUAGUGACUUAGAAGUGCAGGAGCAGGCUGUUCAGGAGCUGCAGCUGGACACAUCAGGAAAGAAAGGUGCUGCAGACAGCAAUAUCCAACUAAUCCAAGAGCCAGUUACUGCAUCAUCACCAACAACACAAACAACAAAUGUCCAAAACCUGCACAUGGACAAUUCAGAAAGGAAAGGGGAUGCAGACAGUGAUACACAACAAAAUGAAGAAACAAAUAUUGUUUCACCAUGA